AACCGGCCUGGGUGUCCAAGAUGAGUCUUCUGCUUGGUGCUGUACUUCUGUUGCUGCUCUGCUCACAGAGUCAUGGGGAGAGUGGACAGACUGGUGUCCAGGAGAGUCGGAAAGUCCCCCAGCAGGCCGAUGCUGUGGUGGAGGAGAGGGACAUUAAAUGCUCUGAUCUGUUGACAGAGCUGCGAGAGCUGAGAGAGGCGGUGUCCACCCUAAAGAGACAAAUAGAAGAAGAGAGAAGCAUAGAGCAAGUGGCAUUUGGGGCAGCGCUUGGCUCUGGAGGACACCGGGGUCCAUUCGACACUGAGAUCACCCUGGUCUACGGAAGCGUCCUUGCCAAUGCAGGGAACGCCUACAACGCCAGCACAGGUAUCUUCACAGCACCAGUGAGAGGGGUCUACUACUUCAGCUUCACUGGCAACAACAUGUCCUCCAGGAACAUGGGUCUCCGCCUGAUGAAUGAUGGCCAGCAAAUGGUGACAGCGUUCAACCACAUGGUAACAUCAGACGACACCCGUCCUGAGACAACAACCAAUGGCAUGAACCUGCUGCUGGAGAAAGGAGACCAAGUGUAUAUGAGCCUCAGGGCUGACACAUGGAUUUUUGAUAACGGAAAUCACCACAGCACCUUUGUUGGUCACUUACUCUUUCCACUGUGAGACACGGCUCGUUAGAGACCAAACACAAUCAUGACGCGAUCUAACAUCACAAUGGGUUUGAAUGAGGAAAAUGUAGGCCUGUUUUUUAUGGGGUUAAGCACAUCAUAACAAAUCAACAUGUUCAUCUUACUGUAACAUACAUUUUUCUGCAUUCUCAUUAUGCCUUUCCAUGAUACAAUGUCCAAUUUAAAGGAAACUAACGUAUGAGUUACGUUUCCAACUAUGUGUGCUCAUGUUGUAUCUAUCAGUAAAAGUCAUGUUCUGUGUUUAAACUA